AUCAAAACAGGAGUCAUGGCGGUGGAGAAUCGGUGACAAAAGUUAUGUAGGUCAUCAGUUCGUUGGCUCUGAUUAUUUGUAAGACAAAAUGCACUUUUCAGUUCCUGAUACUGUUGAGCUUACAGACAAGAGUGGAUCAAAGUAUCUGGUCAGUAUUCAGCUCGCUAGCGAUAAAAAUUCAUUUGAUGCACGGUUUAAAACUCAUUGAUCCUGCCUGGUACCAAAUAAUUUGCUUCUAUACAUUGUUAUGCUUUUUCUAUCCAAGGGAUCUCAAGUUCAGUUUUACCAACAGCCAAAACAAAUUGAUUUCUAUAAAGUUUGGUUUUUACGCAAAAGGCGGUAUUUUUAACUCCUUAAUGUCAACAGAAGGCAGGGCUUUCUCAGUUUCCUUAAAUGUCGUAAUUAACAUAAGCUUAUAGUAUUACCAUUGACCUUGCAGAAGUUUGUUAAAAAAACUUUAAGUUAAGUUAAGUUAAGUUAAGUUAAAAACUCACAAUAUGAAGCACUAAAUAGUACUCUGAAGUACCAUUGAGUAGCUUUUGUUUCUUGGCGUUAUGGAAUGAUUACUUUGUUUCUGUUAAUUAUGAAGACGAUGUUAGUGCGUUUUCAAUCAGAACUGUUGUUCAAAGUUUGCGUAUGUGCGCGAGCUGAUAUAAGUUGAGCUCGUGAUUUUACUUGUAUAUUUCCAUAGCACAAUCCUUUCCUGGAUCAUUAAGGUUUCACACAGCUACUUUUGUGGGUUUUGCAGAUUUCAAGGUCUGGACUUGAUUUAAACAUAAAAAUGUGCAUGUUGUUUAUUUGCAUUUUCUUUGAGGUUAUUUUCUAAUUCUGUCUUUGGGGUGACUCCAUAUCAAGUACUUUUGCCCUCAUGUUGUUCAAAGUUUAACAGUCACCCUGCUCCGGCUCUCUAUUAGGUGGAGGGGGACGUUGGGGAUUUAGGUGUUGUGCAUGGUGUUGGUCACUUAUUUGUAUGGUAUUUUGGUCAAAUAUUAACAAUAUUAUUGGAUGAGGUUGAGCAAAAUAUUGUGCUUUUUUCAGUGGCAAGCAGAUCAAUUGAACGUUUGAGCAAAUAAUUGAUCUGCGAGACAAAUCACCCUACUUUGUGAUAACUGAGUUCAAUGAUAUUAUUGAUCUAUCAUUCCAUCAUCAAGUUUCUUCUGUUCAUGAAUUUCUUUGGAAUGUGAAUUGAUCUCCCACUUUAACGCAAGAGCGAUCACAAUAAGGAGAAAAGUGUGGUUUCAUUUAUGCUUGAGCAGAAUAUUAUUUGCAGCCAAACACAGUUGGACGACAUUGUGCAUGAGCAGAGGUUUAUUUGUAGGCAGUUCUUUGCAGGUUAUGUGGUGGGCUCUCGGCCAGUGAAAAGGAAGAAAAAUUUGCAUUGAAUGAUAAAAUCCCUUCUUGAGGUAUUGUGGUGGUCUCAAUCUGUACAGUGUGCGAUGUUUCUAUUUUUAAACCUUUGGUGUUCAAAAAAGUGAAAUUAUCUGCAGUGUUACAGUUUCCUGUUUGCCCUUGUCAGAACCAAAUUUAGCUUUGUAUCUGUCCUUGUUUAUUGUGUACUACCACUCUAAUUUUUAACUGCUUGUCCCCACCGAAUGUUGCAUCCUGGACCGCACAACAGAAACUGUCUCAGUCAAUUGCCAAUCUUCCAACUCCUGCUAGUGACAUGUCAAAAACAUCCUGUAUGUCCAUUCCCCAUGGCCUUCUUGGUCUUCCUCUUUGUCUUUUCCCAUCUAUCUUUCUAAUCAAUUGAUAUGAACUAAACAAAAUUAUUGGAAUGUUGGGGGGGACAUGGGGGUUUACGGUAUUGUGGUAUUAAGCUUUUUUUCAGGUGGUAUUUUGGUAAUUUUCAUUUUAAUGUGCAGUAUUGCAAUAUCAUCUAGCCCUGUGGUAUGCUGUUUUUCAUCCUUUUAAUUAACAGUAUUNUGGUCACUUAUUUGUAUGGUAUUUUGGUGAAAAUUAUAUUAACAAUAUUAUUGGAUGAGGUUAAGCAAAAUAUUGUGCUUUUUUCAGUGGCAAGCAGAUCAAUUGAACGUUUGAGCAAAUAAUUGAUCUGCGAGACAAAUCACCUUAAUUUGUGAUAACUGAGUUCAAUGAUAUUAUUGACUUAUCAUUCGAUCAUCAAGUUUCUUCUGUUCAUGAAUUUCUUUGGAAUGUGAAUUGAUCUCCCACUUUAACGCAAGAGCGAUCACAAUAAGGAGAAAAGUGUGGUUUCAUUUAUGCUUGAGCAGAAUAUUAUUUGCAGCCAAACACAGUUGGACGACAUUGUGCAUGAGCGGAGGUUUAUUUGUAUAAAAUUUGCAUUGAAUGAUAAAAUCCCUUCUUGAGGUAUUGUGGUGGUCUCAAUCUGUACAGUGUGCGAUGUUUCUAUUUUUAAACCUUUGGUGUUCAAAAAAGUGAAAUUCUCUGCAGUGUUACAGUUUCCUGUUUGCCCUUGUCAGAACCAAUUUUAGCUUUGUAUCUGUCCUUAUUUAUUGUGUACUACCACUCUAAUUUUUAACUGCUUGUCCCCACCGAAUGUUGCAUCCUUGACCGCACAGCAGAAACUGUCUCAGUCAAUUGCCAAUCUUUCAACUCCUGUUAGUGGCAUGUCAAAAACAUCCUGUAUGUCCAUUCCCCAUGGCCUUCUUGGUCGUCCUCUUUCUCUUUUCCCAUCUAUCUUUCUAAUCAAUUGAUAUGAACUAAACAACAUUAUUGGAAUGUUGCGGGGGACAUGGGGGUUUACCGUAUUGUGGUAUUAAGCUUUUUUUCAGGUGGUAUUUUGGUAAUUUUCAUUUUAAUGUGCAGUAUUGCAAUAUCAUCUAGCCCUGUGGUAUGCUGUUUUUCAUCCUUUUAAUUAACAGUAUUCUGUAAAAGAAGAUCCUUCACGGUAUUGUGGUACCAUUCAUUUGCACUCUCCUGUCUAAUACAGGUCAACACAUCAUUCAGCACCAACCACAGUAAGCUAAACAUGUUAAUAAAAGUUAAUAUUUUAAGACUUUAGACUUAAUGGUAAAUGAUUACACAAUCUAUGAUGAAAUUGGAAGGGCAUCCAAUGACCGGGCUUUUCGAUUGUUGUACUGAUCAAAUUCGAGGUCUUAUUAAUUCUGACGUUUUCUAGCAAUGUCUGAGGUUGAUUUCUGGUGCAUACAUGCUUGAGGCAAACAAACACAUGGGAUGGAUACAGCUUUAAGUAAACGUGACCAGUCAUUAAAAAUGCGUUAAUCAGUAUUUCAUUGAUUUUCGACAUGCUAUUUUGGUAUUUGACAAUUUUUCUUACAGUGUUGCAGUACUGGGUACCCCCCAAUGCAGGGGCAGAUCUAGGGGGAGGGUGCAGGGGGUGCGCACCCCCCCCCUGAGAUGACCUGCGGUUUUCAACUGAUAUUCUGCCAAAAAUUAAAUAUGUGGUUUAUUGGUGUUGAAGUAGAGCAAGAGACGAGUGCACCCCCUCCUAAAAAAGAUCCUGGAUCCGCCCCUGCAAUGUCCCGCUCAAUAUUUAAUACUUUUUAAUCCUUUAAUACGACUUGAAGCAAAAUAAUGUCCUUUAAAAACAUGGUCUUAUUGUAGGCGAGAGCCCUUCCACAUGGUUGCUAAAAUAUGAUGAUCAGUCAGUGGUGACNUUAAUUCUGACAUUUUCUAGCAAUGUCUGAGGUUGAUUUCUGGUGCAUACAUGCUUGAGGCAAACAAACACAUGGGAUGGAUACAGCUUUAAGUAAACGUGACCAGUCAUUAAAAAUGCGUUAAUCGGUAUUUCAUUGAUUUUCGACACGCUAUUUUGGUAUUUGACAAUUUUUCUUACGGUAUUGCAGUACUGGGUACCCCCCAAUGUCCCACUCAAUAUUUAAUACUUUUUAAUCCUUUAAUACGACUUGAAGCAAAAUAAUGUCCUUUAAAAACAUGGUCUUAUUGUAGGCGAGAGCCCUUCCACAUGGUUGCUAAAAUAUGAUGAUCAGUCAGUGGUGACUAAGCAUAGAUGUAGUUGAGAGCCAAAUGUUUUAAUGUAUUUUGAGUUUCCUAAUGCUCUCCAGCCUCAGAAUUUGAAAGGUUUUAUAGGUGGCUUAAUGGAGGUACACUAGUGAGUAUUUUUACUGGUUUUUAAAGUAGAAGAGUGCCCAUCUUUGAGUAGGUAGGAAAAGUUGGUUCGUGAGUCAGCUUCUUCAUUUUGCAUUGCUUAAAGGCAGGUACUGUGUUCAGAGUACACUGGUGCCAGUACUUGGGUUCUGGCUUCUAAGGAAACCCUUGAACUAAAGUAGCUUAUGUCAUUCCAGUCACUUGUAAUGUAUCAAUAGCCAGUUUCCAAUCCUCUAUCAGUCGAAGCAGAGAUGUUUCGCAGCCAUGUUUCUUCCUGUACUCUGUCAUUUUUGAGUACAGAGUUUUGUUACGGUGGUAUAUCACCUGGUGACUUAAUAACUGUUCAUUCAACUAUCUUGUCAACUGCUGUAAGGGAAGUAAUAGUGGUUGCGAUAGUUUUUUGCAUCUUGUCUAUCUCCCUUCUUAAAGGCAGGUGUCCAUUCACCCAUUUUCCAUGAAAUCAGCCAUUCACUCUUCUCUAUUACUAUACAUUGUAAAGGUUGGUCAGCAAUAUUGCUGUUCCCUUAGCCACAUUCUUAAGAGGUUGUGGUGAGAUCCAGGAGUCCCAUCCACCAGAUUUCUUUGAGUUGAUCUUUUCAAGUGCUUGGUGCACUUCAACCACAGUUACAUGUUGUAGUAAUUUAAAAUCAAUAUUGCUUUCUUUAUAAACUUCUCAUAUGCUUUUAACUGACUGUCAUGUUCACUGUGAGAUUCCUCGGUCAGACUACUGACAUGAUCUCCAAUAUUUAAUGCCGUGUUGGUAAAAUAAUUGGCCAGCAUUUCUGCCACUUCAUUUUGAUCCUUUUUGACAUUGUUCUCCUCAGUUUUUAGGUGUAUUGCUCUAGAUCUCUUCCCUUUGUUGCUGCAGAUAAAAGGUUUGAAAGUGUCAUAGAACUUAUCCGGUCAAUGUUCUUCUGUCUACUUGUUUAAGGAACAUAUUAAUUGCGAAAAACACAAGAGAAACACAGCUGUUUCUGAUCCAACUCACCUACACUUCUGACUAAAGAGCAAGUCAGAUAGCUAGUAUCUGUGGUUGUUUCACAGAAUGUUUUAAAAAGAGACCAACCUCAACCAUGCAUUGUGUUGGUAAACUAGUAUGCAAAAUGCACUGAUUGCUGUUUGGUACUUCAAUAAAGUAAAUUUUAUAAAUUUUAGAAAACUUACUUUGCAGUCAAAACGUAUGAAUGACAGAUGAUAUUUAAGUAGUUUUUUCACUUUAACAGUAUUUGCAUUGAGCUUUAAUUUACACAAGGUGGUUCAACGAUGAGUGUCCGCAAUCCUUUUGUAAGAGUUUACUUUAAAACACGAAUCAUGUGUUAGUGAUUUCAGUUGUUUAUCCAGCAAUAAAGGGUUUGUUUUGACCUCAGCAUUUUAAUGUCUAAUUUCUCUUCUACCACAGGCCUAUAAUAUCUACAUCAAUGGCUCAUAUCAUUGUGGUGUUAGAUUCUCUGAUUUGUAUCAGUUCAGUGAGCAGGUAGGUACAGCCUGCCUGAUGACAUCCUUUUUGUCAUUGAUCAAUUAACCAUUGUGAUCAAUUAACAAAUUGACUGCCUGCAUGUGGCUCGUGGAUCCACAACACUUUGGCAAUGUUAUGACAUAAUUUUAUCAUCAGUUAAAAUACUGGUGUCAAUUUGUUUUUGACAAUAACAAAAGCUUGAAAAAGUCAAAUUGCCAGUAAAAAUGAAGAAAACACAACAAAAUUUAUGACUCUUUUAAACUAGCUAAAUGUUAUUGUCAGUAUGUUUUCUUGCUUGGUGAUUGGCUAUGAAAGACAAUUAUCGUUACAGAGUUUCAUUUGCUAAAAGUAUGAUAGGUUGACUCACGCCACUGCCUUGCGUAAAUUAGGAAUUGAAUUGUUUUCCAAACUUUAGAACAAGAAAUAAGAUCAGCAAUGUUUUUUGUCUUGAAAAAUGGAGGUACAGUAUAAAGUUGUAAACUAUUCCAGUAGACAGAAACUACGGAACUAAGCAAAAACAUGGAAGUUCUGCAUGACUGCGUCUUGCAUAAAUAAAAUUUUUGUGUCUGUCCUCUUAUUGAUCAUGAAAAUUAGCCAAUCAGCACGCAAGAAACAAUACAGUUUUUGUAAAAAGUAUUAUUGAUACUAUAAUUAUUGUUCUAUAAAGUAAUGGGACAAUGUUCUGACAUUUUGACGACAUCAUAACGCCAUCAUCAAGGAAUAGAAAUAAAAAUGCGAGUUCAAAAGGUGUUAAAAUACUGUAAAUUUGCUUGAAUGAAAACAGCUAAACAAAGACCUUAGCACUGAUUGAAUCCAUUUGCAUGUUCAAGGCCAGUCUUAAUAGUUUGAUGUAAAGCAUUUCAUUAACGAGGCAGUCAAAUUUGUCUUUGCAUUUUUUCAGCACUCUAAAGCAGCUGAAUAGGUCCUCAGGGAUGGCAACUGUGUGGUCUUUAACUGUUUCCUUCAUGCAAAUUUAGAGUACUUUAACUUCUUUUGUACUUGCAUUUUUAUUUCUCUUCCUAGAUAAUGUCGUCAUGAUGUCGCCAAAAUGUCAGAACAUUGUCACGUUACUUUUUACAUGUUUAUAAAUAUUGUUGUUAUUAUUAUUAAAUUGCACUUCAGUGAGACUGAAAUAAUAAGAAUAAUUUUGAAUAAUUCUUGUAGGAAUUUAUUUGGGUUACAUUAGCAUCCACUUUACUGAUCGGGGUUAAACCUUCCUUUAGACCUUUACAUUUUUAACAAUAAUUUUAUUACAUCUUUUCCACUCUGGGUUGAAACCUUUAGCUACUGUGAUGGUUAUUAAAGUUUUAUUAUUACACUGCAAAAUCAACAAGAGUAGUCUAUUCAAAUGUUGAUUAAUCAAUGCCUAAACUUGUUCCAUAGCUGCGUAAAGCAUUUGGCCCUAGAAUCACAGCUAAGUUUCCUCCAAGAAAGUUGCUUUCUUUGACACCUGUACAAGUUGAAGAGAGACGGGAACAGCUGGAAAAAUACUUACAAGAAGUUUGUCAGGAUCAUGCGAUUACCUUGAGUUCUCUCUUUACAGGAUUCUUUCUUAAUGCUCAAAAGGUUUGUUUCAAAUUUAGUAUGAAUACGCAGGAGCAAAGGGGGUGGGGAGUUGGCAAUAUCACUUGAUAUGUUGAUCUGCAGAUUAUUUCUUCAACUCACCACUAGACAAUACCCUGAUUUUUGCAGCUUGCUAAAAUAAUCUGAUGAAAAAAACAAAAAACUAAAACAAAAACUUGCUUACAGGACUUUCCAAGAUGUUACUUAAGUCGGGAUUCUGAUGAGACAUUUUAACAGAUUUGUGGAUGAUUCAGCCUGUUAUUAUUUUCUGAACUUCAGGUUUACAUUGUCAUAACGUUACUCUGAAUUAAAUGCCGUCCCAGUGGAGAGAUUUAUGAAAUGAAAGACCUAAACAUUGUUUCGCUUCUAUACAAAAUGUCUGCAUAGCCCAAUGUUAUUGAUCUAGAAGCUAGCUUAUACUCUAGAGGGUAAUAAAUCCAUGAGAAAUUGACUUUCCUGAGAAUGCCUAAUUGAAAGAGUCUUGUUGUUUUGGUUGUUUUCUUCAAGGAAUCUUUAAAGGCAUCCUCAGAGAGUGUUCAGCUUGAUAUUUAUUUGAUGAAUGGUCAAAAGGUGGCGUUGAAUAUUCAGUCUACUGACAGAACGGAUGAUGUGCUAGAGGUGAGAGGCUUUGUUGAUGAACUGCCUCAUAAUUACUGUAUCUUGCUAUUCUCGUCUCUCUCCUACUUUGCUUGUUGAAAUUUGAUUAGUGCAGCAGUCACAUUAGUCAGUGAUUCUAUCAGUCAGAUCAGCAAGUCAUAAUAGGUUACCAGCUAAUCAGUCAUCCAUCCAGUCAGUUGUGAGUCAUUCCCACCAGUCCGACACUCUUGAAACCAAAGAAUUGUUUCAAGAGUGUGUAAAUUGCUGUCAUUUAUUUAUUUGGUCAGCUGGCUAGCUUGUCAGCUGUCGAGUCAGCAACUGAUCACUUCAUACUACAUGUAUUUUAAGUAAAUUUGUCUCUCCGGGGACCAUGCCAGUCAAGUUGGUCAGUCAGGCCAAGCCAUACGAGUUAAUCAUUAAGACAAGUCAUUUGGUCAGCUGGUCAGUCAGUCAGUCAGUCAGUCGUACUGGUUAGUCAGACAAGUCAUUUGGCCAGUUGUUCCAUGAUAUUUGUCAAUCAGUCAGUCAUGCAGUCAGCCAGCCAGCUGCAGUCAGAUCAGUCUUUUGAUAUCAAAUCUGUCACUCAAGUAAACAAGUCUUCCAUUCAGCCAAUCAGGUCAUUUACAUCGUUGUUUGUAGCCUGUCAGUUGGUUAGGUCGGCUAGUCUUGUCAGUCUGUCCAUCAGUCAGUCAGUCACUCAGCUAUGAAAGUGAGUGAGUGGGUCAGUCAGUCAGUCAGGUCACUCAGCGAUGCAAUUAGGUCAGUCAGUCAGUCAGUCUUAUUAUGACCACCAGAUCAGAGAGCUGUCAUCAAGUCAAUUCAGUUAACUAGGUGUAAUCAGCUAGUAAGCCAGUCAGUAAAGGUGUCAGUCAAUCAGCUAUCCAUCAAGUACUUUGGUUGGUCGAUAAUAGUUAAAAUGGCAAAUCAAGGUAGAUUAACAGAGAGGUAGUUAAGCCAGUCAGUCUGUCAGUCGGACACAAGUCAUAGGUUUUUUAUUGAGGUAGAAAAUAAAUCUGUUAGGCUGUUCUUAGCCAUCGUAUCAGGAGAGCAGUUGAACAGUGAUGCAAGUAGUCAAGCUACAAUGUACACGUAGUCUGUUGAAUCAAUCAGUCAAGUCAAGUCCACAAGUCAGAUAAUAUUAAGUAUUGUGAGUCAUGCCAGAGGAUCAUUGUGUUGACCAGUCAGUCAAGUAGGUAGAGCAGAUCCUUUGAGCCUGUCAUUAUUUGAGUAUUAUGUAAAUAACAGGGCUGUCGCUAGCCCCAUCAUGGCUGGUAAUUUCCUGUGGCUAUUAUGAGGAUGACGUGCAGCAAAUUUCACAGGAAAUAAAAGGGAAAUGGAACCAAAAGAACUUCCUUGCUGUUCAAUUCCCUACCUAUGCAAAAAAACGUUAACUGGAAAUCUUAUAGUGACAGCCCUACGUGUACAUGUAAAUAAUCAGUCAACUUGAUGAAUGUUUACUGUAUAUGUACCUGUUUGAAUCAACCAGUCUUUCAUUGUUACUUUGUCAGUAAGACAAUCAAGAAAAAGUUUUUCUGUGACUUUUUCUCAGGCACUGAUGACAGAAAUUGAUCUUAAUGAGGAACUUGUUUAUUACUUUGGUCUUUUUCUGAUCAAAAGAGCAGAUGAUGGUGAAGCUACGAGUGAGUAAAUUUACAUGUACUUGACUUUUUCACUCUCUGAAGUGAUCUGUGCAGAACUAAAAAUAUGUGAUCUUAUUGAGUUAUCAUUUAUGUUCUUUUAGUUGUGAGAAAAUUUCAAGAGUUGGAAGCACCCUAUUUGACACUGAAGCAACAGUCAGGAACUUGUCGUGUAGCUGUCAGGAAAACGUAGGUCUAAACUAAUACUAAGUCACUGAUUUUAAAAAAAUAAAAAAUAAUGUGCUCUGUUAAAACCAACUUUGGUAUUCGUAACUGUCAAAAGUUAAUAUUUUCUUGUUUUACUAAAUGUAUUUAAAAGCCACAUGUACAGUGCUAAAGGUCACCUGAACUUCCACUAUCAUGAUCACACUAUCUUUCUACAAAACAUUGUGUGCAGUUUUUGUUUGGGUGAUUUUGUAGAUCAGUGUUCAUUGAUAUCAUUUUCAGUGCAGCUAAUUUACUCUUUAAAAACUAACAUUACUUUGGUUUGAAAGAUCAAGUUUCAGUAUGACAAUACACUGUAGCUCAAUUUCCAGCGAAUAAGUUGUCUUGUGAGCCAUUGAAAUGGUGAUUUGGUUUACAACGGACAAAAAAUUCCUUCUAGGGGUAGCUGACAUGUUGAAGAUAGAUGUUUCAGUUGUUUUUCAUGUCACUGAUUUUUCUACUUUUCAGCCUGUGGGAUGCAAAAAUUGAGGAUAAGAUAGUUCAAGACCGAAUAGGAAUGAAUCUUUUGUAUGUCCAGGUAAACUUAACAGAUUUUAUCAUUGUGGUGAAGUGGGAUGGUCUACAAGUUUUGAAAUGUGUACUGAGACUGUUUAAGACCUAAAGUAUGUGUACGAACAAGAUUAGUGAAAUGGCUUCUAAUAUAACAAUAUACUUUGGUUUUAUUUCACAGCUAGUUGCAUAAUCGACAAGAAAUCUCGCAAUUAAAGUUCAAUAACGUGUUCAAAACAACAAAAUUUUAACUGCUAAAAGGCUGCUUUAUGUUGUUUUGCAAGUCAGUUCUAUGUGACUCCCUCAAUGGUUCCAACCCUAAAUUUAAAAGAAAUUGUUCAGAGGCUUAAAAAUAAUCUACUCUCAAAUUUUAUAAUUUUGUGCAUAGAUGUGGUUAGAUGUAAUUUAUAUAAGCUUAAAGUCAAACGCGAAACAAUGCUGAUCAGUAGCCUUCCAUGUCACAGGCAUGCGGAGUGGUCAGGGGUCUGGGGGGGUUAUGGGGUUUUACUGCUCUGCCGUUGAGGUCAACUCAUUUGAGAUCACGGGAGCUUUGCCUGUUUCGAUUGUGCUCGGCAAUUUAGCUCCCUGCCCUCCCUCCCACUCUGUGGUAAGUAUGAGGUAACAGUAUUGUUGUUAGAGAUAUCUGCCUACAAGAGUGUCCAUAAGGAAAUCUUGCACUGUAUUUAAUAAUAAUAUUUAAGUUUUUACGUUGUACAGGCUGUCAGUGAUCUGGACAAAGGAUGGUCAUUUGGCCCAAAGGAAGCCCAUAGCAAACUAGCACAACUCAAACAGAAAGGUGCCAAACUUGAGGUAAGCUAUUUUGUUUAUGAUUUCUAAUAAAGGAUAGCAUAAUUUAAUUUAGAACUAUAAUCAAGUUGUAAGUUAACACCUGUCUUCUGACUAGUGGCACCAGCUGGUCCCUGGUGGCUUCUUUUGUCUUUUAUGGUCUUUCACAGAACUCAAUAUAUACUUGUUAUACUGGAUUUUAAAGGUUGGAGCUUUUGUGUUCUUACAAUUUUUCUCAGCCUUUAACAAUACUUUUCAGUUCAGUAAAUACAAACAAAAAAGUUAAGACAGGAAAUUGAGCGAUUGAGCAGAAACUAGUGUUGGGAAUUGGCUGAGAUUUCAUCAGUGAUUAUUAUUGCAUCACUUUAAUAAAGAUUUUGAUCGAUGAUUGAUUAAGUAAUCAAUGAUAGGCAUGUCACAAGUGGUUGUGUAUAUUAUGUUAUGGUCCAGUUUUUAUCCUUUGUUUAAUGUAUAUUUUGCUUUGUCAUGUCCUCAUUAUAUAUCAUGCAUUUAUAUUUAUUUAAUAUGUUUAAUAAUACACAUUCAAUCAAGGAUAAUUUUGACCUGCAACAUUUACACCAGCAGGCAUUAUAACUAUAUAUAAUAGCAGGUGUUAUAACUAUUACUGAUGGUUAGUUAAAAAAAAAUCGUAUUGUUGAAUUGAAGCGGUUUUGUCUUACUGAUAUCACAUCCAGGAGAUCAAAAAGUAAUGUCUGUUUCUUCACUAUGUUACAGGUCAAAAUUAAUUUCAGGUUAAAUUUUUUUUCAACCUAGGUUGAUUCUCAAUUUCCUUUGUCUCCUAGCCCAGAUAAUUCAUGAAUUUAAUUGAAUUUAAUUCUGUGAUCUAUUUUUUGAUUUGUAUCACAGUUCUUACAAUUAGCCAGAUCACUGAAAUUCUAUGGAUACAUGCAGUUCAAGCCCUGUACAACAAAUUACCCUGAGGAAGACACAAGAGUUAUUGUUAGCAUUGGGGACAGAGAACUUAACUUUAGACUUCAAACUCCAGAUGUAAGUUCUUGGAUCCUCGUUAUAAACACCCAGUAAUAUUUUUACUGUAUAUCCUCCAAAUUUAAAUCUGAAAUGGAUUCUGGUAGUAUUAAAAUGGAACAUGGUGCAAACUUAAUGGCCUAUUUUAACCAGAUUACUGCCUUUUCAUGUUUUUGGGAUAGUAAUGUACUGAAAGGCUCAAAUUAUGUUCUAUAAACCAUCACCAGCAAACCGUCAUAACAAAAUCUGUUUUUGGUUUUUCUUUUGUUAAAAGCACAAAGUACAAGAAGGGAGCUUCAAGGUCACCAGAAUGAGGUGUUGGAGAAUAACGGCAACAGUGAGUUGUUCAAUUUGUUGAUUUAAUUAAUUAUUAUUGGCAUUUAAUUUUGCUGAUGCAUUGUAGGUGUAUGUUGUACUAGUCAGGAAUCUCAGGGGGUUGAGGUGUACAGGGGGCUGGGUUAUCAGAUUUCCAUGUACCACAAGAACAUCUUUUUGUAUAGUUGAAACCCAUGGUGCCCUACAAAAACUUCCUGUAUACUGUAUACCUAAAAACCAUGGCUAAACCUGACUUAACCUUUUUACAGUGUGUUAGAUAUGCUUUGAUCUUUCUCAGAGGAAGGCAUCUCCCUCUUUCCCACAUUUCUAGGAAAUAUCAAUUGACUCUGUUAUAUAGCAGGUUAGCCUGUCUAGUCAAUACUGAAAAUGAAAUGGUGUUAGGACCAUUUGGUUGGUUGCAGUGAGUUAUGUUUAUUUUGCGUGACUAUAGAGCGACAUCAAUGAGAAUGGGGAAAAAGAGGAACAUUUGGAGCUUGCAUUUGAAUACCUUCUAAGAAAAGAUCAGAUGCAAUGGAUAACAAUCUACAGUGACCAGGUAAAAGACAUAAUUAUUAUAUGUAUAUCGUAACUCCAACAUCUUUGGGAAGGCUUGGGGACAUGUCUCGAGAAAGCUUUUUUUCUUGGUUAGGUCAAUAGACCACCUUUAGUUAGGUUAUUUAUUUCACUACAGAAAAAAAAAGACAAGAAUACAGAAAGUACACAAAAGCAAUGUGGUUAGGAAGCCCAAAAAGGAACCUUUCAUAUGCAUAAGGCAUCUUCUUUAAAAGAUGAAGUUCAUCAUUGUUCCCUCAACGGCUUGUGCCAACUUACCAAGAGCCUCUAUCAAUCCCCUUUCCCACAUAUAAAAGAGUGAAAGAUGGCACUGAAUGGCAACAGGAAUAAAAAUGACAAAAUUGGGCUGUACCACACCAAGUCUACUCUCUGCAUGUUCACACUUGGCCGUUUGUUUUUUAUUUACUAUUUAAAUAGGCAAUUCUUAUGAGCCUUUGUCUUCAAAGCAUUGUGGAUGAGAUCCUUCGAAUCAAACAAGGAAAACCAGUCAAAAGGGUAAGCAACUUUAAGUUUUUCCCUUACAAUACACAAAUAAAUAGUUAGUAGUAUGUACCUGUAUAAUUUUUUAUAUGUUAAUUAGGUGAAUGAUUAGGUGUAGCAUUGGUACUAAGGCCCUCCCCCGGUCGAAAGGUGAACCUCCCAUCUGCGUCACAUGUAGUGGGCAUUUAUAUGAGAAAAAAAUUGACCCCUUUGCCCGAGCCAAGGGCUCUUGUGCAUUCUAUAAUUGUCUCGCCUUGACUGAGUUGACCUGGUUAGGUGAGCCAAAUUGUUUAUGGAGAAAAGUUGACCUGGCGAGAAGGGAGACCGUACCAUCACAGAAAGGUUACCCGGGUAGCCGGGCCAACCUUCUAGCUCAGCCAACUUUUUGCGGUUUCUUAUGUAAAUGGUUUGCUAAUGCCUAUCCAAUAUGGUUUUGGAGGCAGGACAAAAGCUUUCCAGCUUUCCAGAGUAUGAAAAGUUGGCUUGCCCAUGGUAGCUCAUCCUCGGAGACCCAGGGGCAGAGUGUGGGGGUGAGGGAAAGUGUAAACAGGCGGGAAAAUAUGGCACAAAGAAAAGUAAAGAACGGCUAGAAGAGCCCCUGGGAACAAUGUCUUACCAGACCAGUUUCAAACAGUCGCCGCCGUUCUAGCUUCUGAUUGGUGCGACUGGUCUGGUAAGACAUUGUCCCCAGGUGCUCUUCUGGCCGUUCUUUACUUUUCUUCGUGCCUUAUUUUUCCGCCCGUUUAGACUUUCCCUCCCCCCCACUAUUUGCCCCUGGGUCUCCGAGGAUGAUGGUAGCUUGGAUAGGCAUGCAGUUGACUGUUCUAACAUGGACAACUUUCCUCCAAAUAAACCGGGCCUAACCAGAUGGUGGGUAACACGGAUGCAGAAUCUAGGAAGUUGUCUGAUUUUUUGCCAGUGCUGUGAUCAUGGUCAGUUAGAUUAAUUGGGAUUGAUUUGUUAAUUAUUGAAAUAAAAACAUAUAUUUUUUCAGCCGAAAGAUCGCUCAAAAGCUAAAAAUGCAGCUGCUCCAGAUUUUCAGCGUAAUAAUUCCAUCUCGUCAGAGGCAUCAGCUGAGGUAGGUCACCAGGCCAACUGAUUUUAAAAUAUAAUAUUGUUGUUGUUUGUUAAUAUUGCCUAAACAACCUUAAACUACUUAAAAUUAUCUAAGAUGAAUUAAAAUAAUUAUCCUUAAAAUAUUACAUACAUGUAAGUCAAAGCAAAAUACAUUGAUUUCUUUUUGUUUUCAUUAGGGUGAUACAGAUCAAGAGAGCAAAGUUGUGAACAGUAAAAAUAAUAACUCUACCUCUCCAUCAACAAGUCCACCAACUUCUCCAGGAAGAAAAGUUGCUUCCAGACAGGUAUCAACGGUAAUGUAAAUCUCAUUUCAUUUUCUGUUUUCUUAAACAAACUGCCUGAUCAUAACUUGUUUGGAGAGCAAAGUUUCUUCUUUAUAGCAUGGAGAGAAAUAGAGACAUCUCACCUUGCAGCAUUUCUACCUCAAAGUUGGGGUUCAAAGUUAUGCAUAAUUUCAAGGCCACUUGUGGCAUUGUUUUAUUUCAUGUUCCUCGUAAGUUGCUGUUAAUGAUUUGUGUGUUUAUUCCCUUUGAAGAAUGUUUCACUGCCCUGUUCGCUUGCAGUUUUGGUAGUAUAGGGGGCAGCGUGGCCAAGCAGUUAGAGCCCUGGCAUUGGUUGUUCAAAGGCUGGAUAGUGCUAUCCACCGGAUAAAUCUCUAUCCAGUGGAUAGUGCAAUAUUAUUAAUUUCCCCAAUACUUAUCCGCUGAAUAGUGACUUAAUAUCUGGUGGAUAGCGCUAUCCAAUGUUCUGGACUUGAAAUUUGGAGACCCUGAGUUGAAGCCCCACCCUGAAGGCUACGUAGCUGGAUUUGUUGUCGGUAUUCCCAUGUUCAAAUCCUCGACCUUGCUUUUAAAUAGCCAACUGGUUUGCUUCUGGCCAGUUGGGAUUGUUAACCCCAUUAUGUGUGAUUUAAUUUAUUGGUUUCAAGGAUUUGCUGUGGCCCCACUAGCAUUUUAUAUUAGUGCUAUAAAUACUGCUGAGGGUGAAUAACGGAAAUUUAAUAACAGAAUAAGAUUUAAUACAUGCAGCUCCUGUUUAUUGUGAAUUAUAAUUUUUAAAUAUUUCCUGACAGGGUAAAACUCAGGUAACCAAGCAGAAGCUGCCUCCAGCCACUAAUGGUGCAGCCAUGACAACAAAUGAAGUGUUUGAAGGGAUUGGAGAUGAUGAUCUCUGAACUGAAUAAUACAGUUUUAAUACUUCCCUGAUAGAUACUGUGUAUGCUUUGCUAACAAGGGAGGGCUGGAAAGUUAUUAAUAAUAAAAUUUUAGAAUUUUUGGAUAUUUUAGCUUUCACAAAAAUAAGUCUUUUUCUAUUAAAAUGAGUGAGGGACUGGGUAAAAAGGCCUAUAAAGUAACCAGAUUUGAUUUGAUUUCUUUGCUCUUUUUCUUUCCUUGAUGGACUAAGAAAAAAAAACAGACUGCUUGUAGACUAGUUGAAAAGUUAAUCCACAUACCACUUGUAAAAGGAGCAAAUCUUAAUUCAGAUUGUAAAAU